AUGGAGGGAUCCGGAACAUACCCUCUCCUUGAAGAUCCAGGGAAGUUUCUACAAUACUCACAAGACAAGACCAGCCAUCACAGAAGUUUGACAGCUCAUGGUAGUGCUCCACUGCCAUCAUCGGCAACGCUUCAGCAGCAUCCAGUGGACCGUCCCCUCUAUGCUCAUUCAUUGCUGUCAACAAGUGGUGGCAAACUCAUCAGCUGUAGGGAAGAUAAUCAGUGUCCUCGUCCUGCUGACAAAUCUUUAGAUACAUUGCCUCAUCACCAUAAUCAGUUCUUGGAGUUUCCACCUAUACCAACACAGUCUUUUACUCAUCAAUCUCCACAUCAUGAGCCUCAGUCUUUUGAGGUAGUUUCUCAGUGUCUAAAUGUACAACCUUUGGAGACAAUACUUCCACCUGGCAAAUACCAGCAAGCAAAAUCUUCAAGUGAAGAUAAAAUGUUUGAUUGUCCCUACUGCAACGCUGGUUUUAAAGGAAGGAUGGCAAUUGAAAAACAUGAUGGACGGGAGGGUACAGAGGCUCACCUGCGUUCCGUGGGACACCACGAUCUGGACCGUUCCGUACUGCUCGGCAGCGACCAGCAAGGGCCAGAAAAUGUGGGCCUUCCGGUGACAGAGUCAGUGUACGGUGCCACUAACUUGCUAACCAGAAAGAUCGAUGAAGGGUCUGUUAAUCCCCCCGUGCUUGUUCAAGGAGAGUCUAGGGGUCACUACCAGAAGGGAAGUCCGGACGCGACUCAGAAAUCUGGUCCGAGAGAUUCGAGAAAGGGCGAAUUCAGUCAGACAGUUUCCUCCGAUCUCGACGUUUUCGGAACUUCAGAAUCCAGCGAUGAUAUAAUUUUCGAGGGGUCGACGUUGGGAGACAGUUCUCAAGAGCUGACGGUUUUGGGCGCGAAUCCCCUUUCGUCAGUUGCAGGGUCUUCGUCCCAGCAAGCGUCCACAGGAACGAGCGAACCUGCAGACGAACGCUUACCGGGGUCAGACUACUCAGCAACUGACCAGCAGCAAUGGAAGCAGCUUUUUGGCUAUGAUGCCAGCACCAGCAGGUACGUCUGUCAGUGGUGUGGCAGGAACUUCGACAGGAUCUCCAACCUCAAACGCCACGUGCUGCUUCACUCUGGGAUCAAGCCUUUCAAAUGCCUCUACUGCAACUAUCGGGCAACUCAGAAGGCCAAUGUCGUGCAGCAUGUCGCGAGCCGACACCGGGACGAGAUGAGAGCCCUGUUGAACAACAACAUCAACGUAAACGACAUGCUCGUGCCCACUCCUGGAAUGAAGAGCUGA